AUGUCAACUACGACGACAGCGACGGUUUCCGCCCCCGCACCGGCGCCGGCAAAGCUGAGUUCGGCACUGGACUGCGAGGAUGCGGGAAGCGACAAGUUCAAGCGACUCCAUCAGAUCCCAGUUCCCGAGUCAAAAGAGGCUGCUCGACAAUGGCAGCUCGAGCAGAUGGCGGCUGCGUUUCGCAUUUUCGCCAAGUUGGGCUUCGCAGACGGUAGCAGCGGCCACAUCAGCCUCAGAGACCCUGUACGACCUGACACAUUCUGGAUAAACCCUUAUGGAGUACAUUUUGGCCUUCUCAAGGUGUCCGAUAUGGUCCACAUCGAUGAAGACGGCAACCGCAUCGGUGGCGCCGACAAGCCGGUAAACACGGCCGGUUUCACCAUUCACUCCGUACUGCACCAGAGACGUCCCGACAUCAAUGCUGCCUGCCAUAUGCACAGCCCAUACGGCCGCGCAUGGAGCACUUUCGGGCGGCCGAUCGAAAUGUUGAACCAAGAUUCAUGCAUGUUCUAUAACGACCUCUCGGUUUACCAAGGUUUCGGCGGGGUCGUGCUGGCAAAGGAGGAGGGCGAACAUAUCGCCGACGCUCUCGGCCCUACCAACAAAAACAUCAUCUUGCAGAACCACGGUCUUCUGACGGCUGGAGGAACAGUUGGCGAAGCGGCAGGUUUCUUCAUCGCCCUGGAGCGCGCAUGUCAGACCCAGCUACUGGUCGACCAAGCCACCGCGCCUGGGACCAACGGUGCGGCGAACGGGUUGAAGAAGACGUUAGUUGGCGACGAGGAGGCCCAGUUCACCAAAGACGGAACCGGUACACCCGAAGUCAUGUACAUUCAGUUCGAACCAGAGUAUCAGCUGAUUCUGAAAGAGACUGGAGGAGACUUCCUCUUGUGA